GCAAGGAUAUUCGUGCUGAUGAGAUAAUCUGUUGGAUUUUGGGUGACGGAUCUGUGAUGGCGAGAUUCGAUACGCGGUUGUGAUACGCGACUAGGGAGUUUCAAGUUAUCGGAGUUACAUUUGUGAUAAGUUUGGAUCCGGGGGAUGGUUAGAUCGAUGAUUGAGUGGUGGAGUGUCUUCGUGAUGUUAGGAUAGUAGAGUAUUGUAGAUGGGUUACUGGCUGAAUAAUUGAGUCGUGUUUUAAUAUCGUAUUCAUGAUGAUAUACUUAUGUAUAUAGCAAGGUAAUUAAUAAGUAAUUGGAGAAUGAUUUAUUUUCUUCUAUUAAUGAAUCGAAGAGAUGAUAUGAUAGAGGUCAAUUUCAUGAUACUAGGACGAUAGAUUAGCGAAAUUGCCGAUGGCAUCGUAAUUCUACAGAAGGUUAAUUUUGGAACAAUUUUAAAAAGACCAAAGAGUUUAUUGUAAUAAACCCGGAUUAUCAGCUGUGAAUAGGGAAAAGAUGAGGUGCUUGAUCUUUGCGGCAAUAUUGACCGUCGCGCUUGCCACAUUUGGCAAAGAGCACGUACACAUCAGAAUCCACGUACCGGAGAUAAUACAGCAUGACGAGAAGAAGGUUAUUAAAUACGAAGAUCACGGUGGACAUGAUCAUGGAGGAGGAGGUGGAGGUGGCGAUCAGACUAUAAUAGUCACUUCGCCUGGAGGCGGUGGAGGCCACGGAGGCGGUGGUGGUCACGGAGGAUUUGGCGGUGGAUUUGGAGGUGGUUUCGGAGGCCACGGAGGAGGUGGCUUUGGAGGUGGACAUAUUAGCAUUGGAGGUGGUGGUCACGGUGGAGGUGGUCACGGAGGAGGCCACGGAGGUGGCGGAGGAUUCGGAGGUGGUCACGGAGACAUCAUAAUAUCCAGUUCAGGUGGUGGCCACGGUGGUGGAGGCUACGGAGGCGGUGGUGGUGGAUUCGAUGAACAUCACGGUGGCGGAGGAUUUGGAGGAGGAGGUGGAUACGGUGGUGGUGGAGCAGCAAUCAUCGAACAUCACGGUGGUGGAGGAUAUGGAGGCGGCGGUGGCGGUGGUGGUUUCGAUGCUCACCAUGGUGGCGGAGGAUUUGGAGGCGGUGGAGGACAUGGAGGCGGCGGUGGUGGAGGAGCGAUCAUCGAACACCACGGUGGUGGAGGAUAUGGAGGCGGCGGUGGUGGAGGAGCAAUCAUCGAACACCACGGUGGUGGAGGAUAUGGAGGCGGUGGAGGAUAUGGAGGCGGCGGUGGUGGAGGAGCGAUCAUCGAACACCACGGUGGUGGAGGAUUUGGAGGCGGUGGUGGCGGUUUCGAUGAACACCAUGGUGGAGGAGGUUAUGGAGGUGGCGGUGGUGGCGGAGGAUUGAUCAUCGAACACCAUGGUGGUGGUGGAGGCUAUGGAGGCGGUGGUGGCUAUGGAGGCGGUGGUGGCUAUGGAGGCGGCGGUGGUGGAUUCGAUGCACACCAUGGCGGAGGAGGUUUUGGAGGAGGCGGUGGAUAUGGCGGUGGCGGUGGAUAUGGAGGCGGUGGUGGAGGUUUUGAUGCACACCAUGGCGGAGGAGGUUUUGGAGGAAGUGGAUUCGGUGGUGGCCACGGUGGUGGCGGCGGAGGAGGUGGAUUCGGUGGAAUCGAACACCAUGCCAUUAGUAACAGCAUAUCUUCCGGCUUCGGAAGCAGUGGACACGGUGGAGGCGGAGGUGGAUACAGUUCCGGUGGUGGUUACGAUUCGUACUCAAGUGGUGGUCAUAGUGGUGGCGGUCAUGGUAGUGGCGGCCAUGGCGGUGGUUUCUCAGGCUAUUACAAGAAAAAAUAAUAGCGAUUGACGAGUCAAUGUCGUGUUUCCGAUCGGUCGGUUUGACCGAUUUCCGACAUCGUGAUGAUCGCGUUAUUCCUCGUGCCGCGUUCUCAUCACGCGACCAUUAACGUCACGUGACUGUCGAUCGCGAUUCAUCGACAACACUCACUGCUACAUAGCAGGACGCUAAUUCAGAACGAUCGUUUCGAUUUCCCCUGAUUCUCCUCGAGAUACUUCGAGGAAACUAUUUGUCAUUUCCACUUUCGUUUUUAAACGAGUUGGCGUUUACUGUUAAACGCAGCAGAGAAAAUGGAAAGUUUAGAAAUUCGAUCGAACGGAAUUAGUAUCGUCAUAACGUUUGCAAUGUCGAUUUAGCAUGUUAAGUGGAUUAAACGGAUCUGUCGGUACAUCGUGUAUGAAUUAGAUUAACAAUAGAAUAAUUUACCGAGAAUUUAGGAACGAGGAAGAAUAUUUCAUUCGUGUAUUAUGGAUUAUAUGACAUAGUUUCGAUCACCAGAAGAUCGACUGUUCGUACAAUUUCGUAUAAAUCCUGCAUGACUGCGUUUUACAAUUAGUUAGUCUUUAAUGACUACUCGCGUGCGCUUCGCAACUGCGACGCAUUUACCUGAUUAUUUUACUUAUCGCAGCUAUUGUGUUUUGUAUAUAUUAUACGUUGUGUAAAUACUAUUCGUUUACUGUUAUUUUUAAUAAAUUGAUUUAUUUGUAUUUUGUAA